AUGGAAGUUGAAAAGCGAAAGUAUCAUUUAAAUUUAAAAAAAAGAGAUGUACUUGUGUUUCUCCAUAUUCAAAAAACAGGAGGUUCUCAUUUUGGAGGACAAUUAGUAACUAACCUGAAUAUUACUUCGCCAUGCGUCUGUCCUAAUACCGGUCCUAAAGUUGAUGCAUGCAGCUGCAUAACAUCAAAUAAAAAAAAAUGGUUAUUUAGCCGAUAUUCUACAGGAUGGCCAUGUGGUGUACAUGCUGACUGGACCGAGUUACAAAACUGUGUCGGAAAGGAAAUGGACAGACUAGAAGGUUUACAUCGAAAGAGGAGGUUUCAUUACAUAACUAUAUUACGAGAACCAGUUAUAAGAUAUAUCAGUGAAUGGAAACAAGUUCAACGAAUCGAGAUGACCUGGCCUUCUUCGCUGUUCUGCGAUGGACGGAAGGCAUCUUCAAAAGAGGUCCCGUCUUGUUAUACUGGACAAAAAUGGAAGAAUAUAACAUUUGAAAAUUUCGUUGGUUGUAAAUCGAACCUAGCAAUUAAUAGACAAACCCGGAUGUUAGCUAACCUUAGUUCAGUUAACUGUUAUAAUACGACUGGGAUGAGUUUUGAAGAAAGACAAACAAAAAUAUUGAAAAGUGCGUUAGAAAAUUUAAAGAACAUGGCAUUUUUUGGAUUAACGGAAUAUCAACUAGAAACACAACUUCUUUUUGAAAUGACAUUUGAUAUAAGAUUUAAACAUUUAUUUGAGCAACACACUAACACGUAUGCAGAAAAUGCUAUUUACAAUUUGACUGAAGCACAAAUUAGUAAAAUUAAACAACUAAAUGAUUUAGACAUUAAGUUGUACGAAUUCGCAAAGAAA